CUCUUUGUUCUUCUCUCUGAAUCUGUCUCUUUUCCCUUUAGACUUCCGCUUUCGAGCAGCACGCGUGGAAGAACUCCCGUAGAUUGAUUAACAGAAAAAAAUGGCAAAGUCCAAGAAUCAUACCAAUCAUAAUCAAAAUCGUAAAGCUCAUCGUAAUGGUAUCAAAAAGCCAAAACGUUACAGGCAUGAAUCUACGCUUGGUAUGGAUUUGAAAUUCUUGAGAAAUCAGCGCUUUGCGAAGAAGCACAACUUAAAACCCAAAGAACAAUUGAAGAGGGCAAAGAAACGUGCGGCUCUUCGUGAAGCUAAAAAAUAACUUUCCUGUAUAUAUAUGAUUUUAUGGUAAUAAAAAAUUUAAAA